AUGUCGCCGCACCGCGAGCGCCUCACACGCUUCUAUAAGAAGACGCGAGACGAAGUUGUUAUCGGCGCUGGUGAAGAGAAACUGUUGGCUUUCUAUCAGAAGUACAACCCCGAGAAGGCUGGAGAUUUUUUCGACGCACUACCGAAGAUGCGUCACGUGGUCUACUGCCUCAUUGGCACGGUCCCGCCCGAGUACUGCGAAUACGGCACCAUGUUUAACGAGUGCAAGCCGUGGCUGGCCGAGACCUGUCCCGAUCUGAUGCCUACCAAGUAUAAUCGUACGGUCGUUGAGUUGCUGAGCAGAUUGCUGACGGUUGAGGAGGCAGCGAAACGGAAGGAGAGCGGUAUGGUGACCAUCUCCAAGAGUUCGCGUAAGGGCCGCAAGCGUCUCACCUUCGUCAGGGGUCGCGAGGACUUAAAAGGCGUUAACAUCAAAGACGCCUCUAAGAGCAUGGGCAAAAAGUUCGCCUGUAGCUUGUCACUGCCCAAGACGGACCAGGGCCAGCAACAGAUCCAACCGCAGGGCGAUUGUGUGACUGAGUUGUUGGAGGCGCUGCCAGGGAAGUUUGAUGUGCAUGAAGACCAGAUCAUCGUCAUUGAUGAGCCCACCAAGGCUGGUAAGAAGGGCAAGAAGUAG